AUGUCGAGUGUCCGUCAGCAGCCCAACCGUCUCGCGGCGCGCAGCGGACACGAUAUAGUGACGCCGGCCGGUGUAGAACAUAUAUAUGUAUAUAUCUAUAUAUAUACAUAUAGGAAAAGACCAAUGAAGACAGCCAGAUGGUGGUCGGCGGCAAUUUUACUGUUGGGCCUCGCUGUGCUCGGCGCAGACGGGAGACCCAACAAGGAGGGACUCCGGUCGCCGCUCUAUCGACCGGUCGUGAGAUUCCGACACAAGGAUGGGAUCCCCGAGAGCUUGAGGAUAAAGGCUUUUAUGGGACACAAUGGCUACCCGAGCCCAUGUGAACACAAGUACUGCGGCUUGGGGCGUCACUGCGUGGCCAACCACGAGACCGGCCAAGGGGAGUGCAAGUGCUUGGAUCACUGUAAGCCGCACUAUAAACCCGUGUGUGGUUCAGAUGGGAAGCUGUACCAAAACCAUUGUGAGCUCCACCGGGCCUCCUGUCUCAGAGGACACAAGAUUACCAUCAUGCACAGUGAGGAGUGCUUCUACAAAGAUGAUAACUGCCGACUGAGUGACUACCGCCGGCUGAAAACCAAGAUUCUGGAUUUGCAUGACAAGCGCUACACGGGCUCUAACAUCCACGGGGCCCACAAGGAAAACAUGGCCGCCAGGAAGCAACUAGUUGAUAUGAUGUUCAAACGCUUUGACGCAGAUAACAACGGUCAAAUAGAUGCCGGCGAGCUCUCACAGGUGAUCAAGCAAGAAGGUCUGUCCAAGGACGUCUCCGAGUGCACGCUUUUCGACCUGCUGAAGUACAACGACGUCGAUGACGACGAGCACCUGACCAAAGACGAGUUUUACACGGCCUUGGACGUGUACCUGCUCAAUCUCCCCGAUGACCAGGAAGUGAGCGUCACCACAGUUACCGUCGGCCAGAGCGUCGUGUUGACGUGCGCCAUCACAGGGGAGCGGAGGCCUCCGAUAUUGUGGAAGAGAAACAACCAGUACCUGAACUCCUUAAACCUGGAGGACAUCAACAUCCCGUCCCAGGACUUUGGGGAUGACGGCUCACUGUACAUCACCAAGGUGACCACAACCCACAUGGGCAACUACAGCUGUCAUGCUGAUGGCUACGAGAAGCUCUUUCAGACCCACACUCUUCAAGUGAACGUUCCUCCCGUCAUCCGAGUGUACCCGGAGAGCCAAGCCCGGGAGCCGGGCGUCACCGCCGGCCUACGCUGCCACGCCGAGGGCAUCCCCAGCCCCCGGCUGGCUUGGCUGAAGAACGGCAUGGACAUCACAACCAAGCUGUCCAAACAGCUCACCCUGCAAGCUAAUGGAAGUGAGGUGCACAUCAGCAACGUGCACUUUGAAGACACCGGCGCCUACACUUGCAUCGCCAAGAACGAUGCCGGCGUGGACGAGGACAUCUCUUCGCUAUUUGUGGAGGACUCCGCGCGCAAAACCCUGGCGAACAUUUUGUGGCGAGAAGAAGGUCUCGGCAUCGGCAACAUGUUCUAUGUGUUUUAUGAAGACGGUAUUAAAGUCAUUCAGCCCGUGGCGUGCGAGAUACAGAGGCACAUUAAGCCCAGUGAGAAGCUGCUGGCUCUGCAGGAGGAGGUGUGCCCCACCUCACCGGGAGAAGAGGUUCAGAGGUGUGUGUGGUCAUCGGCGGUCAACAUCAAGGACAAGUUCAUUUAUGCGACGCAGCCGACCUUGGAUCGAGUGCUCAUCGUCGACAUCCAGUCUCAGAAGGCCGUGCAGACCGUCAGCACCGACCCUUAUCCUGUGAAGCUUCACUAUGACAAAUCUCACGACCAGGUGUGGCUGCUCAGCUGGGGAGACAUGGAGAGGAACCUCCCCACGCUCCAGGUGAUCAAUCAGGCCAGUGGGCGAGUCUCCCACCACACGGUUCACACGCAGCCGAUCGGCCGACGCUUCGACAGGGUGGACGACUUCUUCAUUCCGGCCUCCAGCCUCAUCAUUAACCACAUCAGAUUCGGCCUCAUCUUUCACCGAAAUGAACCUGUCCUCCACAAGAUCGACCUGGAGACGACGUCGUACGUGAAGAACAUCAGCCUGCGGGAGUACAACUGCAUUCCCAAGUCCGUGACCUACACCCACCUGGGCGGCUACUACUUUAUCAACUGCCGGCCCGACUCCACCGGCGCCACGCAGCCGCAGCUCGUCGUGGACGGCGUGACGGAUAGCGUGAUCGGCCAAAACCGCGACGUCACCGGCACUCCGUACGUGUCUCCGGACGGCCGCUACCUGGUCACCGUCGACGACGGCGACGGCCUGAUGAGGAUCCAGGUGAUUUCGGAGCGGGGGGAAAUCCAGGAGCCCUUCGACAUCCACACCAACCUGCACCUGUCCGAUCUGGCGUUCCAGCGCUCCUUCACGGAGAUCCACCAGUACAACGUGUUCGGCAGCUCCGGCCGUCAAACAGACGCUCUGUUUGUGGAGCUGCGCUCGGGCAAAGUGAAGAUGAUCAAGAGCUUGAAAGAGGCCACCAAGUCGUUCGAGUGGCCGUGGAGCAGUAGGAACAGGGUGAUGGCGGGCAGCGGCCUGUUCGGACAGUACCCUCAUGACCCGUCCAGAGAGUCCCUCUUCAUCCUGGACGGAAGGCUCAACAAGCUCAACUGCGAGAUCACCGACGUCCUCAAAGGCAACGUGGUGGUGUGGGUCGGGGAGUCUUAG